AUGGAGGACCAGGCCCGCAUGAUGUCGGGUCUCGUCGGACUGUCCGGACUGUCUCAUGCCGACGUGGGGGACCAUGACGCGGGGAGGAAGCAGCACGCCCUCGGCCAGCCGCAGCAGGACAUCGGCGAUAUCCUCCAACAGAUCAUGGCCAUCACGGACGAGAGUCUCGACGAGGCCCAGGCCAGGUAACACCUUCCCCGAGGAGAGAAGGAGGGAGAAAGCCGGGGGUGGGGAGAGGAGGGCUGGGGAACAGGGGAGAGAUCCAGGUUGAUGUUACCAACUCUUAUAUGAUCCAGGAUCAUUAUACGACAUAUUAGCCCUGAACUUAUGCAUUCAUUAUGUGGUGUAAAGGUUAAAACUGACCCUAGAUCAGAUGUAAAGGGCACCUCUUUUGCUUGGUGAAUAGUAAGAAGCAGGGAACAUGAUAAUAAUAAUAAUAUGCCAUUUAGCAGACGCUUUUAUCCAAAGCGACUUACAGUCAUGUGUGCAUACAUUUUUGUGUAUGGGUGGUCCCGGGGAAUCGAACCCACUACCCUGGCGUUACAAGCGCCGUGCUCUACCAGCUGAGCUACAGAGGACCACAUGGUUCCAGGGGAGAGGGGCCUGUAUGAUGACUUUCUGGCCAUAAUAACAACUGAUUUCACAUCGUCUCUUUGACACUCACACAGGCUACACACCAGUCCCAGUGCGCUGGUUAUUCAUUCAGGGGGGUUAAUUAAUAGUCUCUCAUGUCGUUAUGGUACCAGUCUGUGUAUGUCUGUGCGCAGACAGACCUCGCUUCUAUUUGCUAUACUUUACUGCGCCGUGACGUUAACGUUGAGCUCCACGCGCGAGCCCAUGUCAUUUGCACCUGCCUUCUUUCGCCCCGUUUAAAAAUCUACACUAGGCGAUUACAUUUUUAUUAGCAGUAUGCUUUCACUCUGUUUUCCUUCUGUCUCUCUCUGUUUCUAUUUUCUCUUUCUGUUGUUAUGCUAUUCUCUCCGUUUUUAUUCUCUCCAUCCCUAUCUCUCUCUGUUGUUAUUCUCUCUCUCUCCUCCUCCUUUAUAUAAAUACUCUUCACUUUGACGACCGCCCGGCGGACUAAUUAACUGGAAUGAGUUUGCUGUGGCCGCCUUGAUUGAUCGGUCAUCACGUCAUUAACAUGGAAUAAUGACAAAGGAUCUUACCGCGACUGGGAGAGGAGAGGGGGAUGUCCCCGCAUUUGAAAUGGAGAUGGCCGUUUGGGAUCUGGUGGUGGUGACUGUCAGGUGGUUGAGGUCGCUAGUAUGGUGGGGGCUGGAGGUGUUUUAGUCAGCGGUUGGUGUGAGUUUCCUUGUCCGUGAAGGGAAACGCGGAUCGAAUUUCACACCGCUUGACCCCCAGUCGCCGUAAAUAGCCCGCUGGAUGAUGCUGCGGACCCCGGUGGCGUCUGUUUUACGUAUCACAGUCCCGCAGGCCAGCUGGCGGCUUCACAGAAACAUUUACAUUAUAUGUGUUAAUCUGUGAUGGGAUUAUUACUUAAUUUAUAUGCCUGUAAACCCUUUACUAAACUAUAGAAUUAACCACUGACAUUAACAUUGUUAAUCUGUGAUUUACUUUAGGCUAUUUAUAGCCCUACCUCUAACCAUCACAACUAUAGAAUGAACAAUUUACGUAAAGUGUUUAUCUUCUAUGGAGUGGUCUAAUGUGUUUUUAUUAUUUAAUUUAUAGGACCAUAGGUCUUACAAAACAAACAAAUGGACUAAACUAUAGAAUUAAACGUCUAAUUACCAUCUUAUUACAAUAUUAUUAAAUACAUUGUUAUUGCUGUCGCUGCAUUGGGUGAAUUGGCUCCUUCUAGGAGUGUGAUGUAUAGCCUACAUAUCUGCUACUGUUCUGCCAGUAUCACCACACAGACAGACACACAGACACAUUAUCUCCCCCCUCUCCUCCAGUCCCUUCUGGGUGUUUGUCCUGUUCAUUGUGAGAGGAGGGAUGCAAUCAAUUCUCGGAUAAUACUGCACGAGAGAGCAGCUGUCCACACACACACACACUCUGUUACCAAUAUAGCUUGGCUCCAAAGGCCUAUGGGAUACCUACUGUAUGGUUUUUGGAGCCUUCUUCCACUCAGUGAAGCCCCCAUAUUAAAGACUAGCUGUAUAUUACUCAUUCAUGGGUGUGUUAUGGUGGUGUGUGUGGAUGGUGUAUCCAUCCCUGGUCAGGUUGUGAAAGUAAGAGGCGAUACAACGCUGGUUGUAUCAUCCAUGGUCCAGUUGUGGACCAGUAGAGGCGGGAUACAGGCGGGUGUAUCAUCCAGGUGUCAGUUGUGAGACAGUUAGGCGUAUAGGCUGUAACGGCUUUACUCACCUGGUAGAUUGACAUGGACAUUACAGCUGGUGUAAUCCUGGGGUAUUUGGCAUUAUAGGCCCAUACCUGUUAAUCCUCCACUUGUGACAUUGUACGAGCUGGUUUAUCUCCGUAUGUGAGUGGCUAACUGUGUUUCCUUAGUUGUGACAGUAUAGGCAUAGGUCUUACAACCGUCAGAUGGACAGUAAGCUGAUAAACGGCUUAUACCUCAUUUUACAGUAGUAGUGAUACAGGCUGUGUAUAUCUGGUCAGUUGCAUUGGGAUAAGUGGUUCCUCUAGGUAGUGUGAGUAUAGCAAAUACAGGCUAGUGUUCUCUGGCAGUUGUCACCAACAGCGAACCAGGACUUAUCCCCCCUGUCCAGUUUUGGGUGUUUGUCUGUCAUUGUGAGAGGAGGGAUGCAUCAUCCUCGGUCAUCUGUGACAGUAGAGCGAACAGCUGGUUACACACGUCAGUUGUUACCAUUAAUGCAUGGCUACCAAGGCCUAGGGUACCUCCUGUCAGUUGUUUGGGACGCUUUGUAUCACUCAGUGGUCCCAUUUAAGAGACGAUAGCUGUGUAUCAUCCUGGUCGUUGUGUAAGUAUGGCGUAGGCUGGUGUAUCAUCCUGGUCAGUUGUGACAGUAGAGGCGAUACAGGCUGGUGUAUCAUCCUGGUCAGUUGUGACAGUAGAGGCUAUACAGGCUGGUGUAUCAUCCUGGUCAGUUGUGACAGUAGAGGCGAUACAGGCUGGUGUAUCAUCCUGGUCAGUUGUGACAGUAGAGGCGAUACAGGCUGGUGUAUCAUCCUGGUCAGUUGUGACAGUAGAGGCGAUACAGGCUGGUGUAUCAUCCUGGUCAGUUGUGACAGUAGAGGCGAUACAGGCUGGUGUAUCCUCCUGGUCAGUUGUGACAGUAGAGGCGAUACAGGCUGGUGUAUCAUCCUGGUCAGUUGUGACAGUAGCGGCGAUACAGGCUGGUGUAUCAUCCUGGUCAGUUGUGACAGUAGAGGCGAUACAGGCUGGUGUAUCAUCCUGGUCAGUUUCAACAUCUAUUCCGUGUUUAUCUUUUCCGUCCUCUCUCGUCCCUGUCUGGUUUCUCUCCUAUAGAUGAUGUGAGAAGCAGAGUAGGUGAGCAACGUUGAGCGGUGGGAAAUCCCGCCCAUCGCUCACGGACAAGCACCGCUCCGGCGCUCCACGGCUUUUCCAACCGCUCCGCCAAAAAAGAAACACUCCUCGCUCACAACAACAACAAAAAACUGCCGCUCCAAAUUCGCUCCAUUCAUUAAAAUCACCAUUUAACCAACACCCAUCUGUUUUAGUGACAAUCUGGAGCUACCAUUUGGUCGUGGACAUUACAUCACCUCACUCCCUCUCUUGCUCUCAGUCCUCCUCAUCUUUGUAAGUCACCUUGAUUUAGCACCUGUGUGUUUUAUCAGUUUCUUUAUGAGAAUAUUUAGCCAACUCCAUGACCGUAGCUAAAGCAAGGGGCUAUUAGCAGCACACAAGUAGACUACAGAUGCAUGCUGGGCCCGGGCAUGCCCUGAGCUCGUGAAGUACACUGAGCGAAAUUGGAGCGGCCCAGAAAGGCAGACGCUCCAGCCUUUGGGAAAGUCGCUCUGCGCUCCAGUCAAAUUGGGCAGGCUCCGCUCCUCGCUCCGCUCCAGCUUCGCUCUGUUCACAUACUCUGGUAAGAAGGAGCUCCUGGCCUGUUUUGUUUUCUCCUCACUUCUCUCUCUCCUUCUCUCCUCCUCUCUCCCUCGCUCCUUCUCUCUCCUCCUCCCUCCUCUCCUCUGUAGAGUAUAGAUUGGGACUAUAAAGGCUAGGUAGGUGUUUUCAAGGGGGCAGCCUUAAAAAUGGUCUGUCUACACACUAAACAUGUAGACUUACAGGGUGGCCAAUCUGCUUCCUGGUGGCCAAUCUGCUUCCUGGUGGCCAGGAGUGUGUGGUUGUUUCUGCGCUGUACUUCAGCAAUAAGGCCUGAGGAGGUGUGGUAUAUGGCCAAUACGAUGCAGCGCGGAGUGCCUGUAUACAGCCCUCAGCCGUGGUAUAUUGGCCAUAUACCACACCUUGUUGCUAUUAUAAACUGGUUACCAACGUUGUUAGAACAGUAAAAAUAAAUGUUUUUUUGUAAUACCCGUAGUAUGAAAAAAAAAAAAUGUAUGAAAAUGUAUACACUCACUACUGUAAGUGGCUCUGGAUAAGAGCUUCUGCUAAAUGACUAAAAUGUAUACAUUCUGAUAUACCACAGCUUUCAGCCAAUCAGCAUUCAGGGCUCGAACCACCCAGUUUAUAAUAUAGUAUAGAGGCCACACACACGCGCUCUGUGAAGGUCCUUACUGGUUGGUCAUGAUGACACCACACUGUCUGAGACUACUGUGAUACACAGUAACUAUACUAACUGGUUGGUCAUGAUGACACCACACUGUCUGAGACUACUGUGAUACACAGUAACUAUACUAACUGGUUGGUCAUGAUGACACCACACUGUCUGAGACUACUGUGAUACACAGUAACUAUUAAUAACUGUGGGUCAUGAUGACACCACACUGUAUGAGACAAGGUGAUCACAGUAACUAUUACUAACUGGUUGGUCAUGAUGACCCACAAUGUCUGAGACACUGUGAUACACAGUAACUAUUACUAAAUGGUUGGGCAUGAUGACACCACAUGUCUGAGACUACGUUGAUACACAGUAAAACUAUACUAAAUGGUUGGUAUGAUGAACCCACACUGCUGAGACUACUGUGAUACACAGUAACUAUACUAAUUGGUUGGUCAUGAGACACCACACUGUCUGAGGACUACUGUGAUACACAGUAAACUAUACUAACUGGUUGGUCAUGAUGACACCCCACUGUCUGAGACUACUGUGUACACAGUAACUUACUAACUGGUGUCAUGAUGGAACCACCACUGUAUGAGACUACUGUGAUACACGUAACUAUACUAACUGGUGGCAUGAUGACACCACACUGUUGAGACUACUGUGAUACACAGUAACUAUACUACGUUGUCAUGAAUUACACCACACUGUCUGAGACUCUGUGAUACACCGUGAACUAUCCUAACUGGUUGGUCAUGAUGACAACCGACCUUCUGAGCCUACUGUGAUACACAGUAACUAUAAACUAUACUAACUGUUUGGUCAUGAUGACACCACAACUGUCUCACUACUGUGAUCACUUACUAUACUAACUGUGUUGUCAUGAAUGACACCCAUCACUGUCGAGACUACUGUGAUACACAGGACUAUACUACUGGUUGUUCAUGAUGACACCACACUGGUCUGAGACUAACUUUGAGAAGGUUGGGUAAUCACACCAGUAAAAAAAUAUGUAAGAAACUGGGUUGGUCAUGGAUGAUACAACACUGUCGGAGACUAUGAUACACAGAAAAAACUUACUAAAAACUGGGUUGGUCAUAUGGACUACCACACUGUAUGAGGACUACGUGCACACAGUAACAUUACUAACUGGUUGGUCAUGAUAAACCACAUGUCUGAGCACGCCCCCACAAACUGAUAUACAACGGGCGGACUAAAAAAAGGAAGAUAAAGAUCGAUAUAGCGUUAGACCUUUAAAUGGUGGUCGAGCCAUGUCCAACGGUGAGGCGAGAAAAAGAAAAACAUGAGGGUAGAUUGACGUAUUAGACAAGACCCACCGCUGGUAACGGCACCAACAUAAAUGUCUAGCGGACCCCGCGAUUUCGCUUAGACUUUCACUAGCCACCAGGACAACGACACAAUUGAGGGCCCACGUCCGCAAGAGUCGCUGGGAACGUUGAGUGCAGAGUAACAAGACAGCACGGUGGAUGGGAGGGGAGCAUAGACACCGUGUAUGUCUAAGUGGAUAUAAAUUCCCACCACGAUCCCGGUCGCACUUACGCACCCCCAUCUCGAGCUUUCUCCAGGAAAAUUAAUUUCGAGACAAAAUCACUGGGAGCGCCGUCCUGGAGGUUCGCAAUAAAGAACCCACGGGGGAGUGGGAAAGCCUAUCUGGAGCACAAUCAAUCCACUAAAUGCACAUGCCCGGAUGGGGACGACAGAAGCUGGUUUCUAUUUCGUACACAAACAUGAUCUAUUUACUAACUGGUUGGUCAUGAUGACACCACACUGUCGAGACACUUGAUACACCGUACCGAUAAUAACUGGUGGGUCAUGAUGGACACCACACUGCUGAGCAUACUGUGAUACACAGUAACUAUUACUAACUGGUUGGUUCAUGGAUGAUACCACACGUAUGGGACUCGAUUGAGUACAAAGGACACACAUAGAACGGGCUUUGGUCCAUGAUUGCUACCAACCACGGUUAAGACUUACGGUGAACACAAGUAACUAUACUAACUGGUUUGGUCAUGAUGACCAACAACACUGUCUUGAGAUACUGUGAUACACAGUAAAAACUUACUAACUGGUUGGUCAUGAUGACAACCAACACUGUCUGAGGACUACUGUGAUACCACAGAACUAUACUAACUGGGUUGGUCAUGAUACACCACCCACUGUCUGAGAAUUAAGGGGAUGAACAAGGAAAGGAUAAUAAAAUGGUUGGUAAUGAGGGGACAACCAACAAGUCUGAGGACUAAGGUGAUACACAGGAACUAGAUAACUUGGUUGGUCAUGAUUGCUACCCCACACUGUAUAAGCACUACGUGAUACACCAGUACACAUAAUAAAGGUUGGUCAUGAUGACCCCACACUGUCUGGAGACUACUGUGGGAUAACAGUAACAGGAUGCCGAAUGAUUAAAGAGUGGGGCGGGGGAUGGUGUUUAACGGGUAGCUGGGAAAAUAAAAGAGGUCCAGGAAGGGAAGACGGGGUGGCAAAAAAAGCGGACUAAAAAAUGAUAUAAAUGGGGGGUAAGGAUGGAACCACACCAACACAAAACGGUGAUAAUACUGUGAUGGCCGACAACAAUAGGUGUGUGGGAUGGGUAUGGCUCUGUUUUUAAAGGGUGUUUGAUUAAAUAUUGUUAUUCUGUAAUUAAGCCUCUGGUAAGAUCUCGCUCUCUCUCUCUCUCUCUCUCUCUCUCUCUCUCUCAGUUAAAGAAAAUAAUGUCAGCAGGAAUUCCCUCCAGAAUGUGUUUGUGUGUGUUGAGAAGGUGCCACUUUAACACCUGUUCAGGGGGAAGAUUGACCCAGCGGGAUACUAUAUAGUUUUGGUUCUGGAGAGGAGAGAAGGGAAUGAGCAGAGAGAAGAGUAGAGAUGAGAGAUGGAGAGAUGAGCGAGCGAGAGAGCGAGAGAGAGAGAGAGAAGAGAGGCGAGAGAGAGAGACGGGGGAGGGGGAAGGAGAUGAGGAGAGAGAGACGGCAUCGAGAGAGAGGGAAGAAAGAGAGAGAGACGGAAGGAGAGAAGAGAGAGAGGAAGAGAGAUAGGAAGGAGAAGUAGAGAGAGAGAGAGAGAGCGGAAGAGAAGAAAAUAGAGAGACAAGAGAGAUUAGACGAGGAAGAGUAGAAAAAAAGAGAGAUGUGAGAGAAGAGGCCUCUCCUCCCCCUCUCUUCUUCUCUCUCUGCCUCUCCUCCCCCCUCUCUUCUCUCUCUGCCUCUCCUCCCCCCUCUCUUCUCUCUUUCCUCUCCUCCCCCUCUCUUCUCUCUCUGCAUCUCCCUCCCCCCUCUCUCUUCUCUCUCUGCCUCUCCUCCCCCCUCUCUUCUCUCUCCCCACAGGAAACAUGCGUUAAACUGCCACAGAAUGAAGCCCGCCCUCUUCAGUGUGCUCUGUGAGAUAAAAGAGAAGACAGGUGAGCCAGACAAUCAGCUCUGACUUCCUCUAUGAUUGGCCAAUCCCAUUCUCUGUUCUACCGCUGGUGUCUUCAGUUACAUUCAGAAAUGUUUUGAACGUUGCAGAUAGAAAUGUGUAGAGCUUUUUUUCCAACCCAACAGAGCAUUAUAACCACUUCUACACUAUACAUUUAUAUCUGACUCUUGUCUUGGGACUGGUCUGUCGUGUUUGGUUGACUCUUUCUGCUAUUUCUCCAUGGGGUUGACGUUGUUUACAUGGUAUAGCUCCGUUACAGGGUUUCCCUAAGCACUGCUCCGGAGUCAGUCUUCCCUAGCCCUAUCAGGAACAGCCAUACGACGGCAUUGAAUGAAACUGUCUCUGGAACUGGUCUUAGUGGUUUGCGUGCGCUUGUGUGUAUCUGCAUGAGGCAUGAGCGGGACUAUCGUCUUUCCAUUUAAUUUCACACCCUCCUCUGUCCUCCUCGCUUUUUAAUGUCACUUUUUUCAUUCACGUGUCUCUCGCUCCCUCUCCCCCUCUUCUCGUGAUGGAAUACAUUAUGAGAGGCAUCCUCUGCUGGCUGCCAUGGCGAUAUGUCAAUCACCCGGCGUUGCUCACUUCAGAUUGGUACAGAGGGGAAGGGGGAGGCCCGAGGCAGAGUGGGGGUGAUGGUUGCCAAGGCAACUAGCUGUCUUAUUUACCUAAUGUCAUUCACUUUGAUUUUCACAUUUGUACUCUGUGUCCAGAGAGAGAGAGAGAGGAGGGGGGAGAGAGGGAGGAGGGAGGGGGCAGAGAGAGAGGGAGGAGGCGGGGAGAGAGAGGGAGGAGGGGGAAGAGAGAGAGAGAGGGGGGGGGGGGGAAGAGGGGAGGAGGGCGGGAGGAGAGGAGGAGGGGGGGAGGGAGAGAGGGGGGGGAGAGAGAGGAGGGGGGGAGGAUUGA